AAGAAGAGCUGAGUGGGGAAACUACACUCUGUGCUCUCCAGGACUCUUAUAGUCUGUCCUGUGCUGAGGACAGAGACCACGGGGGACAGCCCUGGAGCCUGGAGUUGCAGCCAGCCUGGAAGAUCAACCCAGACACAGCUGAGCGUGCUCACAGCAGCAAGGGAGAUUCAGUGCCCCCUGCAGGCACAAAAGACAUGACCGGGAAACUGACUCUGCUUGGGCUGCUUCUGGCUUGGGCAGUCGCCACGUGCAGUGCCCGGGACAGGACAGACCUGCUCAACAUCUGCUUGGAUGCCAAGCACCACAAGACAAAGCCUGGCCCUGAGGACAAGCUGCAUAACCAGUGCAUACCUUGGAGGAAAAAGGCCUGUUGCUCUGUCAACACCAGCCAGGAGCUGCACAAGGACACCUCUGCCCUGUAUAACUUCAACUGGGAACACUGUGGCAAGAUGGAGCCUGCCUGCAAGCGCCACUUCAUUCAGGACAACUGUCUCUAUGAGUGCUCCCCCAACCUUGGGCCCUGGAUCCAGCAGGUGAACCAGAGCUGGCGCAAAGAGCGGAUCCUGAAUGUACCUCUGUGCAAAGAGGACUGUCAGGACUGGUGGGAGGACUGCCGUACCUCCUACACCUGCAAAAGCAACUGGCACAAGGGCUGGGACUGGACCUCAGGAAGUAACAAGUGUCCAGCCGGGGCUGCCUGCCGUACAUUUGAGUCCUACUUCCCCACGCCUGCCACCCUGUGUGAGGGUAUCUGGAGUCACUCCUACAAGGUCAGCAACUAUAGCCGAGGGAGCGGCCGCUGCAUCCAGAUGUGGUUCGAUCCAGCCCAGGGCAACCCCAACGAGGAGGUGGCCAAAUUCUAUGCCGCAAACAUAAAGCCUGUAUUAGGGAGUGCUGGGGCCGUGCCCCAUGGGACCUGGCCACUCCUGUUCAGCCUGGCACUGAUGCUGUUACUCCGGCUUUUUGCCUGAGUCCAGACCUGCCCAGCUCUCCCCUUUGCCUGCCCCCAGCAGGGGUGAACAGGCCGGGCUCAGCUCAGUUCUCACCAAUGAGGGAGCCCAACUCAUGCCUGUGUCCAUUACUCACCCCACCCCUCCAAUGCCCAGGUCCUGCUCCAUGGUGGGAAUUGGGGUUUCUCUGACAGCCAGUUCCAAUAAAUAGAUUGAGACAUC